AUGGAAAUCGGAUUAAAUUCUCGUGGUAAAGCACAAGUGGCUCAAUUAUCGCGCUUCACAUUUGAGAAUUCGCGUCAAGAAUGCAUUAACACAAAGAACAUUUCAAUGACCCUCUUAUCCGAGAGACACUGUGCUCAAGAGACUUUUGAUAUCUUCAAAAUUCCUAACAAAGAUAAAAUUCUUACUUAUAUUGAACCAAAUAUAUCGGAAUGGCAUUUUGGAGAUUACGAGUGUAUGACUAGAGAUGAGAUUCAUAGCACAACAGCAUUCUGGGACAUAUGGUAUAUUUUUGUGGAUGAAGAGGGGGAGGGGAGUGUGGGAGAAAGGGAAGAUGGAGAGAGCAGGAAAGAAGGAUGCCCCAAUGGUGAAACGAUCGAACAAGUGGCCGAACGUUGUGAUCAUGUCAUUGAAAAAAUUAUGGCACAUCAUGCAGAGCACAUGGAUCACAAUCCAAAAGCUCCGGGAGGCGAUGUUCUACUGAUAGCUCACGAGCAUUCACUUCGUGUACUCGCCGCCAGGUGGGUGGGUCUGCCACCCGAACACGCGAAAAAUCUUGAACUUGAUACUUCGAAACUUGGAUUGAACUUGCGAAAUGUAUGA